UCGUCACUUUAUUCUGUUACAAAAUUAGCGAGCGCUAUUAUAGAUAGGGUAGCCUGCGGGGCGUUUCUGGACCGUGUUGCCACGCCCAUCGUGUACCCUUUCGAUUUUGCGCUGCUAAGCCACAAUGGCGUACAUUCUUGAUUUCCUCUCGUACAUGUGGGAGAAGAACAAUGACGACUCUGCUUCCUACAAGGAGUGGCAGGACUUCCUUGAUGUCGCCGAGAAGGACCGCCGGCGCGAUCGCAUCAUCGCGUGGCGCGAGCGGACCAUGUAUGACGAUUACGCUGCAAACGCGGAGGAGCCCAUCAUUUACAAGCGCACAGCCGGGUUCGUGUGGCGCGAGGUGGACCCCACCGGCCAGGCCAAGAACCGCAACCACACGUACAUGUACAACCUGAAGACGUUUGGGCACCGCAGCUACACCCGGCGCGACCCCUCGGAGCUCCAGGCGGCGGCCACCUCUGUUGAGGCGCGCGUCAAGUCCGGCGAGCUGGGCGGGCUGUCGCCACUGGCGUAAAUGCACGGGAGCUGGCGCAAACCACCGGAGCUGGCGUCAACGCACCGGAGCUUAUGCCUUGCGCAUUUGAGUUGGAGCUUGCGUUUUGCGCUCUUGCAUGGAGAGAAGGGAAGUGCUGAGCGGUAGAAGCAGCUGUGGCCGUUAACGGCAGGAAGGAGGCGGUCGGCAGGCCCGGAGCAGCUGCGGUAUGCUGGCAAGCUGGCAAGGCUGUAGCAAAACUCAGGGCUUCAGGUGCUGGCGACAGUGCGGGCGCCAUGCUGCUGUGUAGCCGACCAGCGCAUCGCCAGCAGCGGCAGCAGCAGCGGAUGGAGCGGAUGGAGCGGCUCCUGGAGAGGCCGCUGUGUUGGGUUUGAGCAUGGUGGAGGCUAGAAACUGGGCGCAGAUCAUAUGCCCGACUGUUCGGGCUUCAAGCACCCCUAGCCAAAAGCAUGCUGCCUUAUGGUCAUGGAGUAGCUAGGCGCGGUGACGAGGCGAUAGGCGCGGGCUGGAGGCGCCUUGGCUUAUUUCGAAUGACUAGGUCAGAAAGACUAGAUACUGACACAAAGGCACGAAUUGAUGCGUCUUGUGGGGUGGUGAGGGCUUAGUUAGAUUGGCCACUGAUGGCAUUGGAAAGGACAACGCUUGCCUGUGUGCCAUGACGCAAUUAGAACAUGUGUGUUAUCCAAUAGCUAGGAACGUUUGAGUCACACGGUGCUUGACUGGUGUGCGUAUGUGCACUCCAUCAUUGUUAGAGAGGUUAUCGCACCCUCGCCUGUGGGGUCAGUGGUGCACGCUGUGGCGGUCACCACGCCC